CUCCUCCGAGCCACGAUGCAGGGGAGGGCGUCGGAUAAAAGCAAGGGAACAAGGGAUGGUCCAAACAAAGCUUGGGCCGCGCUGCCCUCUCGCCUAAAUAAACCUCUCCCCCACGCACUCCCCCACUCCACCACACACCCUCACCAGCUCGCCCGCAGAGUGAGCCGAGGCCGAGAGCAGGAGCGCGAGAGGAAGAAGCAGAGGAGGUCGGGCAAGAUGAUCACGGGCACGGACUUCUACCACGUGAUGACGGCGGUGGUGCCGCUGUACGUGGCCAUGAUCCUCGCCUACGGCUCCGUCAAGUGGUGGGGCAUCUUCACGCCGGACCAGUGCUCCGGGAUCAACCGCUUCGUCGCGCUCUUCGCCGUGCCGCUCCUCUCCUUCCACUUCAUCUCCACCAACAACCCCUACACCAUGAACCUGCGCUUCAUCGCCGCCGACACGCUGCAGAAGCUCAUGAUGCUCGCCAUGCUCACCGCCUGGAGCCACCUCUCCCGCCGCGGCAGCCUCGAGUGGACCAUCACCCUCUUCUCCCUCUCCACGCUCCCCAACACGCUCGUCAUGGGCAUCCCGCUGCUCAAGGGCAUGUACGGCGACUUCUCCGGCAGCCUCAUGGUGCAGAUCGUCGUCCUCCAGUGCAUCAUCUGGUACACCCUCAUGCUCUUCAUGUUCGAGUACCGCGGCGCCCGCAUGCUCAUCACCGAGCAGUUCCCCGACACCGCCGGCGCCAUCGCCUCCAUCGUCGUCGACCCGGACGUCGUCUCGCUCGACGGCCGGAGUAACGCCAUCGAGACGGAGGCUGAGGUCAAGGAGGACGGCAAGAUUCACGUCACCGUCCGCCGCUCCAGCGCCUCCCGCUCCGACAUCUACUCCAGGCGCUCCAUGGGCUUCUCCAGCACCACGCCGCGCCCCAGCAACCUCACCAACGCCGAGAUCUACUCGCUGCAGUCGUCGCGGAACCCCACGCCCAGGGGCUCCAGCUUCAACCACACCGACUUCUACUCCAUGGUCGGCCGCAGCUCCAACUUCGGCGCCGCCGACGCGUACGGCAUCCGCACCGGCGCCACGCCGCGCCCGUCCAACUACGAGGAGGACGCGCCCAAGCCCAAGCACCCGGCGCCCGGGGCGGGGCACUACCCGGCGCCCAACCCGGCCGUGGCCGCGGCGCCCAAGGGGCCCAAGAAGCCGGCCGCCAACGGGCAGGCCAAGGGCGAGGACCUCCACAUGUUCGUCUGGAGCUCCAGCGCGUCGCCGGUGUCGGACGUCUUCGGCGGCGGCGCGCCGGACUACAACGACGCGGCGGCCGCCAAGUCCCCCCGCAAAAUGGACGGAGCCAAGGAGAGGGAUGACUACAACGUGGAGCGAGACGACUUCAGCUUCGGGAACAGGGGCGCGCUGGACCGGGACGCGGAGGCCGGCGACGAGAAGGCCAUGACGGCGGACCCGAACAAUGCGAUGGGCGCGGGGCCGACGGCGAUGCCGCCGACGAGCGUGAUGACGCGGCUGAUCCUGAUCAUGGUGUGGCGCAAGCUCAUCCGCAACCCCAACACCUACUCCAGCCUCAUCGGCCUCAUCUGGUCGCUCGUCUGCUUCAGGUGGAACUUCACGAUGCCGGCAAUCGUCCUGGGAUCCAUCUCCAUCCUGUCGGAUGCGGGGCUAGGAAUGGCCAUGUUCAGCCUCGGUCUGUUCAUGGCGCUGCAGCCGCGGAUCAUCGCGUGCGGGAACAAGGUGGCGACGUACGCCAUGGCGGUGCGGUUCCUCGCCGGGCCGGCCGUCAUGACCGCCGCCUCCUUCGCCGUGGGCCUCCGCGGCACGCUCCUGCACGUCGCCAUCGUCCAGGCCGCGCUGCCGCAGGGCAUUGUCCCCUUCGUCUUCGCCAAGGAGUACAGCGUGCACCCCGACAUCCUCAGCACGGCGGUCAUAUUCGGCAUGCUCAUCGCCCUGCCCAUCACGCUCGUCUACUACAUCCUGCUCGGCCUGUGAGCGGGCGCCGCAUGUAAAGAUCCGUCGCUUCGCUACCGCAGGCUCAGGAGCGGCAGAGGAGGAGGAGGACGCGUGCUUGGAGCACGAGGGGGGCUCUUCAUUUUUCUUCCCCUCUCUCUCUCUAGAGCAGCAGGAUAAUGGCGGCGCUCCUAGCUAGGUAGGACAAUGGCGAGAGUUGAUCAACGACACUCAGAAGGGCACGGGAAGAAGAAAGUGCAAGUACAGAGAAGCUUGGGCGGGGGGCAGGGGUCGGGUUCAGGUCGCGGAAUGGCUGGGUUGUGAAAGCGGUUUGCGAGUUUUGGUGCCUGACCCCUGUAAAAUGGAUGCCGUUCUGAUAGUAACUGACCUUGAUUGUGUUGUUCAUUGAUUUCA